UUAGCUAUUGUAUUUCGACAUGGUCAGUACUAAACAAUUUAGUGUCGUCUCCGUUUCUUCUUAUUCUUCUCAUACAAUGUGUUGAUGCAUAAAUUGCAAUAUUAUUGUUAUUACUUUUUAAUUUUUUGUACCUAUACAAUACAUUAAACAUUUAUACAUACAUAUAUUAUAUUAUUGCCCUCAGUCUGCUGUUUAGAAAUCAAAAAUGUCUUUAAGCACGUUUUUGAACAAGUUCGUGUUACACUUAUUCAAUCUAUUUUGUUUCAUAUCAGGUGUCGGUAUUUUGUGGAUCGCGUACUUCAUGGACAAAAACUUAUACAAAUGGUCCGAGUUCAUUGAUUCGACACUGACCACAGUGCCUCAAAUACUAUUGGUCGUCGGUCUCAUAUUACUAGUCAUUCCUAUUGCCUGUACGCUCGGUACACCCAAGAACACCAAAUGUCGAUUAACUGUGUUAUCUUUGCUGCUCGCAAUCAUCUUAAUUGGAGAAUUCGUGUUGGGUGGUGUUGUAUAUCGCAUGCGUAGUGACAUGGAACAAUACGCAUUGAAACAAAUGAAAUACAGUAUCAACGCAUACAAUAAAACCGGACAUGAAGCUUCUAGACAGUCCUGGAAUGUACUACAAUCUGACACCGAAUGUUGUGGAAUUACCGGACAGAAAGAUUGGGAACUGGUUACUCACAGCGGUAAACUGCCUGCGUCUUGUUGUUACGCCAUCCAAAUCGAUGAAUCUUGCACAGACAUCAAUUCGUACACAAUCGGCUGUUUUGAUAAGUUAAAGACCAAUCUUCAGCAUAAUAAUCGAAUAAUAUUUUGGUUUGCAAUAGGAUUCGCUAUGUUACAGAUACUUGCUGCAUUUUUAACAUUUUAUUCUAAGUGUUCUAUUGUUCAUGAAGGAUAUGAGAAAAUAUAAUGAUCAUUAUUUAUUAUUAUUAGUACCAUCAAACAUAUUAUAAUUGAAGUUUGCGCAAUAUUCUUACAAUAUAAUAAACCUAAUGUUUUACUUCGUCAUUCUAAAUAUCAUCUGACUUUGGCAAUAUUAUACAUUUAUAUUGAAUAAGACAUUAUUAUAAAUAGAUAUUAUUAUUAUAUUUUAUAGUUGUAAGUUAUAUACUUGUAUCGUUAAAUAAAUUAACAUUCAAUUACUAUUAUAAUUUUUCAAUUCAAAUACCUAAUUAUAUAAUGGUCGUGUUUUUUAUUUUGCCUUGUGGGAAUGUAAAUAUAUUAUACUUAGUAAUUGUAGAAGCAUCAAUUGAAUUGUAAAUAUAUACCUACCUACAAUUUUGUCCAAAUUUUAAUUUUAUAAGCAUAAAAAUAAAUUAUAAGCUGAGGGGGUUUUCAUUAGAGAAAAUUAUAAAAUGUACUACUUACGUAAUUCCUAAAUAGGAUAUCCGAUAGUGUUAUGAAUUUAUGACUGUUAUGAUGUGAACGUGCAGUAAGGUUCAUGCCUAAAUAUUGUAUUGUAAAUUUAUAAUAAAAUUAUAAUGAUUAAGC